AUGGCUUCACCGCAGGCCAAAAAUGAAGGAAAAAGGGCUAAAACGGGUUUCAACCUUUCUCCCCUAUAUAUCACACCCACCUCAACCCUUCUCUCCUUUCUUCUUCGUCUUCCUCUGCUUUUCUUCCGUCCUUUUUUGCUUUUUUCUAAUUACCCAGGCCACAGGAGCCUCUGUUUCAACGUUCCAGUUCUAACAGGAUUUAUUCCAUCAGAAGAAAGAAAAAUGAAUCACUGUGGAAUCCAUCAGAACACCACCUUUGCAUCUUCCCGCGAAGAAAUGAGAAGUUCCGUUUCACUUUCCGUAACCUUCGGCAACGGCGAGCCGAUGGUUUGUCCAAAGCCAAGACGCCUCGGUCUCUUCACCACCACCAACGACUCCGUCAGGCCUCUGAGAUGGCAGAUGUGUUAUCAAUCGGAAGGCUACGAAACGAAAGCCGGACCUGAACUGUUGGACAUCAUCUUCGCAAAAGGUGGUGGUUACGGCGGAUCAUCGGAGCAAACAUGUACACAGAUAGCCUCGUCGCCCCCUUUUUUCAGUGGGUCACCGCCGAGUAGAGUUUCUAACCCCCUUAUUCAAGACGCCCUGUUCGGAGACGACAAGGUCUCUCCGGUGUCACCCCGUUCAAUGAUCCCCAAUCCUUCAUCUUCCGGGACAACCGCCGCAAUUGCAGCAUCCCUGCCCUCGCCUGAAAAAUCAAAUCCUUAA